CCACACACACACACCCACGGCCAGGGAAAGACCGGUGAUUAAAUGGUAUGGAAGGAGAAGUGUGAAAAGUGUCACAAUACGCAUACGCAGCGUAUGCCCGCGUUAAAUACUUAAAUUUAAAAGCUUAACGACCUGCUCAGUGCUUGGUUUGAAAUUGAAAAUGUUUGUCGUAUUUUGGCCACUUAGCAUGCCAAGCACGUAGCAAAGUUUUGUGAUGUGGAUACGGCUCUUUGAUUGUUUUAUUAGCCCAUUUUGUGUGGGGUCGUACAUAUAACCAAAAAAAAAGGAAUAAGGAAAAUACUAUAACCAUGAGCCAAAUGCAACUGCAACAACCUCAGCAACAACAACAAUGUCGACGACAACGACGUCGUCAUAAUCACCAGUCAGAGCCUUGCGAGUGUUUGCGUCCUGUGAUAAGAGUUUUUGGUCUGCUGACUUCAUUCGUUAUCUGCGGCGUAGGCGUUGAUGUCUACAUGCAUGGCUAUCAGGCCGGGCUCUACAUAGUUUUUUCAGCCGUGCUGGUAAUGUUCAUUGAGAUCAAGUGGCUGGUAACCAUAUUUUUGCAGCUUCAGUGCGCAGAGGACAAUUACCAGCGGAGGUCCUGCAGCUGCCUGGCCUGCUGGCGUUUGUCAGCGAUUUGCGGAGGAUGGCGCCCCACGCCCGUGUACGCGGUCAUCGGCAUCUGCCUAAUACUCUAUCCCCACAAUUUGUGGCUGAGCUAUGUGGCCGGAAUGUUCCUAAUACUCCUCGGCCUUCUGAGACUCAGCACGCUGUUCCGAUUUAGUCCUUCGAAGGACGAAGGUCUCUUGCCGCAGUGCGACUUUGAAAAGGUCUCCAGUUUUGUGGAUAAUAUGGAGGAUGACUUCGCGGGGAUAAGCGCCUCGCAAACGGCCUUGGAUGAUGAUGACGAUGCGGAGGAGGAGGCCGACGACCAUCCGGGCAUAGACGAUGAUGUUUGCUAA